UAUUUGCAACUUUCAUUUCGAUCACGAACCCUAACAAUGGCGGCUCCAAUCGAGUCUGUGCAAUGCUUCGGCCGGAAGAAGACGGCAGUAGCUGUGACAUACUGCAAGCGCGGGCGAGGCUUGAUCAAGAUCAAUGGCUGCCCAAUCGAGCUAGUCGAACCUGAGAUCUUGCGCUUCAAGGCCUACGAACCCAUCCUCCUCCUCGGCCGCCAUCGCUUCUCCGGCGUCGACAUGCGAAUCAGAGUCAAAGGUGGAGGCCACACGUCACAGAUCUAUGCCAUCCGUCAGAGUAUCGCUAAGGCUCUCGUCGCCUUUUACCAGAAGUACGUUGACGAACAGAGCAAGAAGGAGAUCAAGGACAUUCUCGUCCGCUACGAUCGGACUUUGCUCGUCGCUGAUCCCAGACGCUGUGAGCCGAAGAAGUUUGGUGGUCGUGGAGCUCGUGCUAGAUUCCAGAAAUCAUAUCGUUGAUCCAAGAGUUUUAGGGCGUCUAUGGCGGAGACUCGCUCGUUGGUAAUAGUUAUUUUUGGGUUUUCUGUUCUAAUUACCUUCGGAGACUUGAAAUUUUUUAUCCGUUUAUGAUUAUUGUAGUAUAAGAAUUUUUGACUCGAAGUUUGAAUUUCUGAUUACUGAGAUAAUUACAAUCGAAAUGCUUUUCUGAAACAU